AUGUCGCGAAGGUACGACUCGCGAACCACCACGUUUUCCCCGGAAGGGCGACUGUACCAAGUCGAGUAUGCCAUGGAGGCCAUCUCGCAUGCUGGUACAGUGAUUGGAAUCCUCGCCAAGGACGGUAUCGUUCUGGCUGCGGAGAAGAAGGUCACCUCGAAACUGCUUGAGCAGGACCAGUCGUCAGAAAAGAUCUUUGCUGUGUCCGACAACGUCAUGGCGGGCGUAGCCGGUUAUACGGCCGAUGCCAACUCGCUCGUCAACUUUGCACGCAACGCAGCGCAGCAGUACCUUGCAUCUUACGACGACGACAUGCCCGUAGAACAGUUAGCGCAGCGGCUGUGCGAUUACAAACAAGGCUACACCCAGUUUGGUGGGUUGCGUCCCUUUGGCGUUUCGAUCCUCUAUGCCGGUUACGACGACCACCACCACUUCCAGCUCUACCAUUCCGACCCUUCGGGUAACUAUAGUGGAUGGAAGGCUACGUGCAUCGGCAACAACAACGGCACAGCCACCUCGUUGCUCAAGCAGGACUACAAGGACGAUCUGGGUAUUCAGGAUGCUAUGGCUAUGGCGGUCAAGAUUCUGAGCAAGACAAUGGAUAGCACCUCAUUGGAUAGCGAAAAACUCGAGUUCGCCACGCUUACGCUCAACGCGAAGACGGGUCAGCCGCAGACGAACAUCUUCAAGCCCAACGAUAUCGACAGGCUGCUGCACAAGCAUGGAUUGGCUAAGCCCAAGGACGAGGAUGAGGCGACGACAACGGCAACCGGAGCGACAACAACGACCGGAGAGACAGCCAUGUCGCUUGACUCGUAA